GACUUUUGCACAGCCGAAGGUGUUUCCAAAAUGGCGACCCUCUGAUGUGCACUUUAUGUGUGUUACGGCAAUGAAUGCGGAUGUUGGAAAGGUAUGAGUCAUUUCAUGAUUAGAAACGUAUCUCUCCGGAUAUUGAAUGUAUCUGUCGUUAGCCAAGGAUUUCUUACUUGAUAUGGGGAUAUAUAUUGCAUUUUAGGGGCGAUACAUACCCAAUGGAUUGUUGCUUAUCUAACCACACUUGUGACAACCAGCUCUUCAUAUGCUACUCGGUAUAUUCAUGAUUAGUAAUUAGGAAUCACGUAUGCGUACUGAGGACUGACGUACACGGAAUGAAGGAAACUUGUUCGCUCACCUUCGACCCCGUUCAAAGAUGACGGAAACACAAGAAAUGGAGGCGCUUCAAAGAGCCCAGAAAGAGCGCCUUGACAUUGUACUCAAAUACGACAAGGGAAGAGACAAAGGACAAAAGAUAGAUCCUUGGGAGGACGCUUCAUUCAUUAUCUACAGAGUCACUGAUAGAUAUGGAUUCUGCCAGAACUACGUAGAUGUGUACAGCAAUGGCAGUGAGAAUGAGCUCCCAGAUUUUGAUGAGGAGGAGAAAAAGGCCAAAGAGUUGGAGCUUGAGAGGACCCAGAAAUGGUUGAAGAUGGCCAAGAACUGGAAAAGAUAUUACUCAAGUGAAAAGUUGACGAGAAGAAUCUACAAAGGUAUCCCAGACAAGAUGCGAGGUACUGUAUGGGCCAUGCUUCUAGACCUUAACAAGAUAAAAGAUGAGCAGCCGAAUGUCUAUGAGAGAAUGAAAGCGAGAGCGAGGAUACACUCUCCUGACAUCAGGCAGAUAGAUCUUGAUGUGAACAGGACAUUCAGGAAUCACAUCAUGUUUAGGGAUCGAUACGGCAUCAAACAACAGGCUCUCUUCCACAUACUGGCUGCAUACUCCAUGUACAAUACGGAGGUUGGAUAUUGCCAGGGGAUGAGCCAGAUAGCAGCCCUCCUACUCAUGUACCUCAACGAGGAAGAAGCCUUCUGGGCUCUCCAUAUCCUACUCACCGACACCAAGCAUGCCAUGCACGGGUUCUUUAUUCCUGGGUUCCCGAAGCUGAUCAGGUACCAGGACCACCAUGAGAACAUCCUCAGGAAACUCCUACCCAAGAUCCGCAAGAAUCUGGACCGGUUGGAGAUCCACACCAGCCUGUACUCGAUGAAGUGGUUCUUCCAGUGUUUCCUGGAUAGAGUACCGUUCCCUCUCACUCUCAGGCUAUGGGAUAUCUUCAUGCUAGAAGGAGAUAAGAUACUUACCACAAUGGCAUAUACACUUAUGAAACUACACAGAAGAGUGAUGAUCAAGAAGGACAUGGAGUUGGUGGUGAGGUACCUACAGGAGCAGCUGGUCCUCGACUUCGGUUAUAGGGACGAUGAGGUCAUCGAUGCCCUGCAGGAGGGGAUAACGGAAUUGAAACGCUCAAAGCUACUGAUACCCAAACCCGCUAAGCAAAACGAGUUGGCCAUCCUCCCGUUCGGUCUGAUGCGACAGCCUUCGGUCAGCCAACAAACCGGGCUACGGACGGCUAUGCCGGUCUCUCCUCCGCCGGUCGGCAAUGGCACUAGUAGACAAUCCCCAUCUUCCAUCGUCUCCCAACCUCGUUCGUCUGAAACAGACAAACAAAAGAAGACUAAACCCAUCCCUCCUGCUAAACCCAAGAAUGUGACUUUCAAAAAAGAGGUUACCCAGUCCACGUCAUCUUCUUCCCAACCACCGACUCCUACCAGUACCAUUGUCUCGGCUUCGAACGGUACGUCUCAGAAUACCUCCCCGGACAAACGCAAACCAGACGAGAACUACUACAGCAGCGUGACUUCCUUCGAGAGCCAAUACUCGGCUCGUUCGUCGGGCACGCACCCCACGAGAAACAGCAGCGGAUCCCCCGCAAGGUCGGAACCCGGUAGCAGUCGCAAUAAUGAUUUGACGCCAACGGGUCGCGAGUUUGUCGAAGAGUUCCCGUACCAGGGCAUGCCGGGUGAGGACGUUGGAUAUAGAAGACAGAACUCUAACGAGAAGGGCACCCUGAGGACGGGGAAGGCAUCGCCGCUUAACGAGCGCCCUCAGAGUCUGCCCCCAUCCAGCCCCACCCAUACUGGCGACAUCGGCGAGCGUAGGUUGUCGCUCUAUGAUAAUGUGGACAUUUAUUACAAUGCGCAUUACGAGCAGAGCAUGGAGGAAUCUCUUGAAGCGGUUGGCACACCAACACCAAAGGCUCAUGCGCAGGACGGGAUGUUCUACGUGACCGGGAUUCCGAACGAUCCUCGAGUGGCAGGGAUGUCGCAAGGGUUGAACCAGGCGGCAAGCACUGAAAUUGGCAAUACUUCCACUAACUUCAAGACCUACCCCGAGCCCGUUCAAGCUCCAGGGACCUCCUCGCAGCUGAGCUCUCCCCCACCCCCGACCAAACCUACCAGCUUGGGUAACCUCCAGUCCUUUGAGGUACAGAAGACCACGCAUCACUAUCAGAAGAGGACAUCGUGGGAAGGUUCGCAGUCACAACCAGGUCGUAGUCCUAGCCGUAGCUCUGGUGCGACGGCAUCCGCUUCAGCUCGUAGCCCUGGUGCGACGGCAUCCGCUUCAGCUCGACCUGUACGUGCAUCCCCAACGCGAUCAUCCCCGACCCGCAACAAACCAGCUAGUCCCAUCAACGGGGUUCAAUACUUUCAUUCACAGGUCACCUAUAUAUGAAAAAAACCUCUCCAGCUUAAGGUCAAAGGUCGAAGCUCGAAGGUCAUCAAGGGUCGAAUGUCAGGAUGGGACAUGAUGAAAGGUAUACAGGACCAACUUGUGUGUAAAAGUUCAUCAGCCAACAUGUAGGAGCAAUGUAAUUAAACAAACACAACACAACUUAAAGUAGUAAUUCAUGGGGUCAAAGGUUGAAGGUCACCUCCAAAUUGAGAAUGCUAAUUAACACUCUGUGUCUGUUAUUAAAGGGGGUUGAAAUUUCUUAUUUUUAGAAACACAUACAGUUACCUCAAGGUAUUAGUUUCUUUUCUACAAGCAAUUUUCAACAAAUUUUUGAAGAUUGCAUUUGUUAAAGGAAAAUAUGAAUAUAUCUUGACUGUAUGGCAGUUGAUGUGUGUAGCAAUUAACUUUUUGAUAUUAAUUGUGAUUAUUCAAAUUGUUUGAAAGAGCUAAAUGAAAAGAUGACAAAAAUGAACCUACAAGAGAAAUUUCUCAAUAUUACUAGCUAAUUAUUUUGAUAAAUAGGGUGAUAUUUUGAUGCCAAAUGAAAUGUUACAGAUCACAGACAUAUACAGUCAAAUACAUAUAGGAUUGUUCUGCCUCCCCCUUGUUGUGUUGUUUGAUAUUGAAAUAUUUACUUUUCACUUUUGACAAACACACUGUGAAAUAAUUAUAUAAGUGUGAAUUGAUGGUUGAUUUUCAAUAUAGCUAGUCUGGAAAUAAUCAUGACUAUUUUUAUUCUCUUGAAUUAUAACUAUUACAUAAAAUUCUUCAUCAGGAAAGGUUUGGAAAGGUUUCUAGCUUUUUCGGUUGACUUGUAUUUUAAUAGUGACACUAUCGUGAUCCAUUUUGAUUAGCCGAUGAAUUUAACUGAUCUUUGCUUUGUCAAAAUUAUGUUAAAAUGACGUUCAUAUUCAUGAUUUUAUAGAAAUACUUCUUGCGUAUUAAUCUAAAUCUUUGCAACUUCCUAUUGUUCCGUCUAACUCUAUUUACACAUAUACAUCUAUGUAUAACCAAAGAGAGAGAGAGAGUGAGAGAUUGGUGUCAUGUAUCUUCACCGACCAAAUCUAGCCCCUUAGAAGGUACACAAAGACAAAGAAAGGAUAUAUACCAGUCUGUGGCAAGGUGCAUACUCUAAGUAAUAUGUGUCUCUUUUUGUAGCAGGUACAGUUAACAGCUAAAUUAUUCAUACCCCUUGUAUUAAAAUUUGAUGUUUUUUGUGUUUCUCGGAACACAAGAAUGAAAGGUGGACUGGUUGAAUUAGGGCUUGUGUUGAAUAGUUUUAGGUGUAAGCUUUAAUAUGUCACAUUCUCAAGAAACCUAAAUGGAGACAAAUCAAUUUUUCACAUACUUAAAAUGAAAAAACUUGGUAAGGGUAUGAAUAAUUUAGUUGUUAACUGCAUAUGUAUGGAUAAUCUUACUUCACGUGCAAACUAUCAAUGUAUAUAGUGUAUAUUUAUUAGAUAUAGGAGAACGUUUGUACCCUAUUUCUUAACUUUUAUAAAAACCAUUUGAUAGAGGAUUCUUUGUUUGUGCCAUAAGUGUAUAUUAAUACCAAUGGUCGUUUUUAAGCACUGUGGUUAUUUUCAUGGGAAAUGUUUAUUGUAGUUGUAUUUCCUUUUGUGUACGAUGUGUACGAUUGAUAAAAAAGGUUUAUAUCCCCCGUUCCACCUCCUUCAGUGGUUGUAUCCCCAUUGUUCACUUGUGUUGUUGUUGUUUGAAUAAUGUAUACUUUUGUGAUAAGAGAGGUCAUGUUGUUAAUAGUUUGUAAUGGUUAGAAAAAUUACAAAUCGUUAAAGUUUAAAUCGCGUAUUAAAGCUGCAACAAUAUUUGCUCAGAAAAAGUAGCAGUUUAUUUAGGGCAUGGCUCGUGAACCUCUGUAUAAUGGUACCAAUAGCCAUAUCCCAGCUUUAAAAAUGUAUUAAAUUUUCAUUCCCCCCCCCCCCUUCUCUCUAGAUCUCUCCGUCUUCUAACUUGUUUUGAUAGUUUUGAUAAUGCCAUUAAAUGAAAGAAGAACAUGGUAAUGUCUUCAUUUGAAUCUGUUUUAACAAUUCUUAUUUUAGGCAAAAUAGUUCUGUAGAAAAAGGCUUUACCUUAUAUAAGACAAUCAUAUUAUAUUCAGGGCUAUGUCAUAUAUAAUGUGUAUAUCAACUCUUAGCAGCAAAUUAAUUGAUGAUUCUUUAAAAAGAUUUCAAUCAAUAGACCAGUUUUAUGGUUAGCAAAUGUCCCAAAUGACCCUGAAUAUCCACAGAUCUUCAAAACAUGAAGAGGUCACCCUUUGUACAUUUUGAAAUAAUCACUCCUACAGCGAUGGAGGUGCUUCAUGAAUAGCCUUUGUUUCCCCAUUUCAAAGCAUACUUCCACCUGUGUAUCAUGGAGUGCACUGAUCGUGCAUAAAUGAAUAUAGUUACAUAACUUUCAUGAGCACGUAUCCAUUAUUUUGUCUCCGUGUAUUUCACAAUUUGUUCUGCAAUGACCUUUAUCUGCUCAUGCUCAGACUGUAACUAUGAACUGGCUUAUUGCUCAAUGAAAAGCUAGCAAAGGUGAGUUUUGGUGAACAAAUAUUCAUGUCACCUAACAAGCAUUUGUCUAUAAACAUACAUGUUAUAGUUAUCUAUGAUUAACAUUGAGGAGCAUAACUUUGAAUGCUAUGGUUUUUGUUUGUUUAUUUAUAGUAUGAAUGUAUCUGUUAUUGUAAAAUUAUAAAGUAAUGCACAAAUUGCUGAUAUUUGGCAAUAAAUAACCCUUUCAAGAAGAGGUUUUUAGCAUUUAGUUUUAGCGGGAAAUGACAUUAAAUUUGACUUUUUUUUUUUUAUUAGAGUUAAAUUCAGGUACUAUUUCAUCAUAUUAGUAGUAGGAUCUAAAUGACCUCACAAUUUUGUUCUUCUUACAAGCGAGCCUACAAAGUAACUACUGUCAAUAAUAUUUUGAUGUCUUUGAAAUACAAACUUUGAUCUGUUAAUCUUUUUUUAUUGAUACAAAUAAAAAGUAUGUGAACAACUGAACAUAAGGUUUUGUGGGAAGGUUGUUUACAAGUACAAUUAGACGUUUUUCCGUAGAAUUGCAAUAAUAUUUGUUUUUUUAAUUGUAGUGGUGUGGAGAAAGGACUAUAAGGCGGUAAAUCAUAUUUUCUUAAUUUGAUGUGAAGUGUAUGCUCUUUGUAGAAAGAGCAAUGUAAGUGUCAAAAAGACGUAUGUGUUCUGUCAAAGGCCUGUCAUAAUUAUGUAGCUUCCCAGCUCUCGUGAUUGAUAAUUGAGAGAUUAGCGCAGUACAUCUUCACCCAUCACUGAUAGUUUGAAGAGUGUAAACUUUGGAAGAUGAUACAUAUUCUAUCUACUUUGGAGAGUUGUAACAAUCGCGAGUCAGAUUUUGAGCAGUAUUCUAUUUCUAGAAACAACAGCUAUGUUAUCAAAAAUUAGAUAUGGAUUGUUGACAUUUUGUUAAGGCAUACGGCAAUUUUUCUUCUAUUUUUUAUUUUUUAUUGAAGGAUGGAUUUUUCAUGGACAUUUCUCUUCAUUAUCUUUUCAAAACAAUUUUUUUUGGCAGAAUUGUGUAUCAACAGUGAUAACCUGAAACUUGGGAUUGAAAGUUUGUGUUACAUGUGUUUGUAUUAGUACAUUUAUUUUUUUUUUACUUGAUACAAAAAUAUCAUGUAUCUAUUGUAUUCAAAUUUGAUCAUUGCACGCCAAUUGCAUAGGUUUGGUUAGUAGAAGAAAAAAAGUGAGAUGCGGAGAAUCUGUUGUCGAAUAUUUCUGAGAUUUGGUGUUUUUUGUUCAUUAGUAUGUUUAUAUGCUUAUUAUUUUGAACAGAAUAUUUGAUCGGAAAAGGUAAAGCGUUUGUUUUCAUUCAAUACUUUAUGAAUUUAUGCUAUGCUUUUUCUAUUUCUACUUUUAAUUUGAAUUGUCCAUAUGAAGCUGUUGGGAAUUAUAGCUAUGAAUUUGUUGUAAAUUAAUAUAUAAACGUAAUCCUUUUUGUUUUAGAGACUAGUGUAUCUCCCAUUUUCCUUGUCUAGUUUGUAAGAAAUAUAUCUCUUUCUUUUUCUCUA